AUGGCUUACAAUGUAGUAGAAAAUUGUCCCCAAACUUUUAAGGAUUGGGCAAGUCGAGCAACUUUGAAAUGCAACAAUGAAAACACUUACCACUGUGUUAAAGAUGAAUCCUCAAGCAUCGUGGAAGUUUGUACUACUCCCCUAUGGAUUCAAAAAGGCCACUGUCCAAUUUACAACACCGGAUUAAAGAAAAUUGUUUCUACUGAGUGUACAGACCAAAAUUGUCCCUCAGAGGUUUACAGAUCCGACGCUGUUUAUAAAUAUAAUUGCUUCCAGCAGUUUUCCACGAGGAUUACGACUGAGAACACACGGGUUACCAUACCUGCAGCCCCAACUGUUGCCACCAUUGUUGGUCCCCUGAUAGCAGUGUGUGUUGUCACCUUACUUGUUGUUGUUGUUGUAGUAAUCAUGAUAAGGAGAAAAAGACAAAGUGGGAUCAACAGAACAGAAAAUGGAGCUGGUGAAGACGGAAUUCUAAUGGAGACUAGCCUUGAAGAUAGCUCACUCAACAGCCAUCGAAUCAGUGGUCCAGCUUUUUGGAAGACAGAUGACUACUUGAAAAAAAGUAUGUUUAUCACAAGCACAGUGUACGAACACGCCAUUGGUGCAUUAGAUGUUCAUCGUUGCAUCACAAUCGUUGGACCUCCUGGGUGUGGGAAAACUCUCACUGCUGUCCAGCUAGCCUCGCGAAAAUGCGAAAAGGAUGGAAGUUCGAAGCUGUACUUUCGUCAGACAUUAGAAGAGAUCUUGACAAUAGCUAAAAACGAUAGCAAUGCUUUCAUUAUUGUAGAUGAGUGGUUAGACAAAUAUUUGUACUUUCCAUCGACACUACAGUCAGCGAUGGAGUGUCUGAAUAAAACAUAUGUGAAGUACAUAAAGGAUAAAAAGAUAAACCUUAUUUUAACAGCUCAAGAAGAUAAAUGGAAUAGAAUCAAAAGUCUCCUUAACGGUUGUUAUUUGUUUAAUGAACCGCAUCUGUUGACAAUAAACUCUAAAAUAUUUAGUCAAAAGGGAAAACGAAAUAUGGUCCUUCGUCAUUUUGAAUGUUUCGAUAUUGAAGAAAAAGAAGAUAGUGUUGAUGAGAAAACUAGUAAUUUAAAGAAGACAACGACAUUUGUUCACAAAGGUACAGUGGAUAACAUUGUAAUGAAUGUUAAAGAAGAACAGGGAUUUUCUUUCCCACUUGUUGUGGAUUUGAUUUGUAAUAACAAACGUUUACUUAGGGCAUUGGAUCUUGUUUUAAAAGAUGGAUUCGUGGAAACUUUAACAAAAUUUUUUGACACAUGGUCAAAUGAUACAGAUAUCAAGGAAAGGAGAAGUUUUUGUAUUCUUGUAUUUGCUGCACUUCUUGGUGGAGAAAUUUCUCCAAGAGACCUUUCAGCUAAAAAAACUGGUGUUGUGUAUAACAGAAUUUGCAGAGAAUAUGCAUGUAAAUCAAAUGCAAAUGAAGGUGUACAGAAACAAAACGAAUUAAUCGAGGAACAGAGUGAAUUAUUUGAGACUAACUUGCGAUUAAAAAGUUGCUUGUACCGAAGCAGCAAAGGACAGAGUUGUCCUUGUUUUGUUUUUCAACACAGUUCACUGGUUAGAUUUGUACUUUUGUACAUAAAAAAGACGAAAGGCGAGAGCUUUAUAAUUAAUAAUGCUACAAUUGAAGUUCUUUUGAAUAAAUGUUGGUUAGAUGUACAAUUGUAUGACAACAUUUUUAACAGAAAGAAGUACACAUUAUUUAAAUCACUUGAGGGAUCAGUCAUUUUUUCAACGAAAUAUUUUUUGCCACUAGCAGAGAGGAUUUUAUCAGAAAAUGGAGAGUGCAUACCGGAAUGGGAUAAACACGUCUUUUUAAGUCAUGAGAAAUUUCUUAAAGUAUGGAAUAGCAUCAACAUGUCACAUGUCAAGGAUGUAGUGUAACAUUGUGCAUUAAACUCAGAGAAAUCAUAGGGAGAAAGCUCACCUGAAUGUCUAUUGGAUAAAUAAUGCUUAGAAGCUUUAAAGUUAGAUGCAAUUUUUGAUAGAAAUGUGGCAACAACAUUUGAAUCACUAGAGGGAUCAGUCAUGUUUUCAAGCCAUUUUC